AUGGAUCGUAUAUCAUUUAUGAAAUUUAUAACUUUAGCUUUAUUCGUCUUGCUGGUCGUUGGUAUGAUCAAUGCCCUCCAAGUUGUUGACAAAGUCGACAAACCAUCAUUCUGUCCAACUAUUCACAAGGAAUGGGAAUGUAUGCUUGCAGGACAAGUUUGUGUUUGGAAUAAAGGAAAAUGCCAGUCUAACCCAUACUCUACAACUCAAGAAGAAGAGAGUGCCAAGCCAUCAAAGGAAUAUGUUUCUUCACUCUUGGAAGGUUUCACCUUGAACCAGAACGAUAACUCUGAUGUUGCCGAAAUGCUAAAGAACAAUGAAUGGGCUUGCAAUAUUCUCAAGACACCAGCCAAGUGUCUAAUUGGUACAAUGGCUGGUCAUUGUUUAUGGUGGGGUGGUAAAUGUCAUACUGUCUAA